AUGCAAUGUAUAGACCUCGAAGAUUCCGACGACGACAUCUCUGAGAUCCAGCAAGAGAUUGCCAACCUCGCGCAAUUUGACUCGGAGUACGUGACACGGUACUAUGGCUCCUUCGUGGUGGCGUAUAAGCUUUGGAUCGUCAUGGAAUACCUCGCGGGAGGGUCCUGUCUCGAUCUUCUCAAGCCGGGUGUGUUUUCCGAGGCGCAUAUAGCCGUCAUCUGUAAGGAACUCCUGCAGGGAUUGGACUAUCUUCACGUCGAAGGCACGAUCCAUCGCGACAUCAAGGCCGCCAACGUCCUUCUAUCCGCAUCGGGAAAGGUUAAGCUGGCAGACUUCGGUGUCGCUGCGCAACUAACCAGCACUCUUCGGCAUACGUUCGUGGGCACGCCGUUUUGGAUGGCACCCGAGGUUAUCAGACAAGCAGGAUAUGAUGCGAAGGCAGACAUCUGGAGCUUGGGGAUCACGGCCAUCGAGAUGGCAAAGGGCGAACCACCACUGGCCGAGUAUCAUCCAAUGCGUGUCCUCUUUUUGAUCCCGAAGGCAAAGCCGCCUGUCCUUGAGGGCGCAUUCUCGACCGCGUUCAAAGAUUUCGUGUCGCAAUGCCUGACCAAGGACCCUGUUCUCCGACCCACCGCGAAAGAACUGCUGCAACACCGGUUCAUUAAGAGCGCACGGAAGACCUCGUAUUUGACGGAGUUGAUUGAGCGGCAUCAAGACUUUCGGGCACGUACCCCAGGAAAACAGCCACAAAUGUACCAGGCAUCGGUACGCAACAGCGGGGCGUGGGAUGGGACAUUACGAAGCGACUGGUCCUUUGAUACCAUUCGGACAUCGUCUGCCAUGGGCUCGUUGCGGAGUAUGGCGAAGGACAUCAUGCCUGCAGAGACCAUUCCGGAUGAAGAGUACUAUGAGGACGAUGUAUCGAUUUACCCCGACAGCUCUAUCGACACGACCGCUGCGACGACAAGGGGCAGCGAUGUGCCCCUCUCGGGCACGGCGCUCGGCUUGAACAUAGGCGCGCAGCACUCGACGGUCAUUAUCCGACAAGUGGGACCGUCCUCGCCCAUGGACGAGAAGGACAUGCCAGGCCUGAUGGCCGAUACUGGAUCGGACGAGACAGCAGGCCCGCGGACCCCACUGCAGGCGCCCGAGAACUCGGAACCCCCGCCCGCGUAUUCGGGCUCGAUGCGUUCGACCCGGCGCGCAUCGUUCCAAGCGCGGAAUAACGUGAGCACUGGCACAGUACUGGGAGAGGCAGACCUGGGUAGCGGUGUGGACACGAUCCGGCCAGUAAAGAAGGUGGACACAGUGCGUUCACUCCGGCUGUCGGAGGAGUUCGUGGGUACGACACGCAGCCGGGAGGGGAGCUCCUCGGCGCCGUCGUCGCCCCAAGGCACGAAGUCUCCAAGGAAGAGAUCGGCCAGCGAUGCUGCCACUGCGGGAAAGAGCAUCGUCGAUGAGGUGUUGCUACCACUGUUGUCAAAGGCGACAAGGGAUGAUAUGGAUGCAAGGGAGAUUGAAUCUAUAAGCAUGAUUUCCCGGGGCUUUGAAGAACUGAGGGACGUAAAUCCUGAGCUUGCAUACAACGUCAUUCUGGAUUUGCUCUCGGGUAUCAAUGAGAAUACUGCUGUCCGCCAGCACGUUCAAACGGCACGUGGUCUCUUCCCGCACAGGCGGAUCAUCCGCAAGAGCGAAAUGACGGCAAAGGGCCUCGUUGUCACCGAGGAGGAAGAGAUCUCAGGCUUGCCAGCUUCAUCUUCACCGACACCGGGCGAGGAGCCCAGCUCGCCUACACGCAAAUCGCCCAUUGCUGAGCUGCUUUAUAUGCGCUGGUUAGAGGGCCUGCGGCUCAAGUGGCCCAGUAUACUCUGAGCGCAGCCGUUGUCCUUGAUUAUAGGACGUCGCAUGGCGUGAACAAUAUGUGACCAUCUUUAGGACUGUUUAUUGCCGACAUCGCUGUCAUCGUUGUGCUUCGCAUGCUCGCUACUUCACGACACUCAUGACCCAUCCUUCAUGACCACUCCCUUAUUCGAGGAUCAAGCCAUCAUAUUUUUGGCUCGCCGUUGGACAUCGGUGCAUCACCUCGCGACCUCUGUUGUUAUUGAUACUCACUGAUGUAAUAGCUCACGCAUUCGAUCUCAUUCAUCACUCACUUUGUUUGCAUUCUAUCUAAUUGUUCUCAUGUGUCCUCA